GCGUUUCAUAGCAACUCAAAUACAAGAGAAGAGGUGGUGCGCAUGCUGCUCAGACCAGAGCAGUCCUUCUGUUUUCAGGGAUUCGUUUAUAUGUGUAAUGUUGUCUUAAUAUUAUAUUUGCCGUGUAUUUGAUUUGUAUUACUCCGUAGUCAUUUUGCAGUAGCAGAGGUACAUCUCUGUAGGAAGUAGAUGACUAUCUAGCUAGCUGGCUAAGUUAAGCUGACAGCUGUAAUUUAUUAUUCUAUGACAAAACUUAGUAAAAAAGCAAGACAGAUAAGUAAUGUUCGAUGCAGUAAACUCUUAACGUGAGUUAUCUUGCUAGUGAAUAUCUAACAAAUAUUUAGCCAGUCAUUGCUAGAAGGCUUUCGGAUUUUCGAUUUGAAAUAUUUUGAGUGUGACUGAAAUAUAGGCACUUUGACAAGUCACAAGAUUUUGCAGUGCCCUCAAGAAUUUUAUUUUUUAGAAUCGGAACGGACUAGCUAAUCUGAUCAUCCUGUUGAAAUUUUGGUACCACACGGAACGGACUGAACUGAGGGCACACCCACGCCAAUACAAACAACUGUACCUGCAAGGGGGUGUCUGAGUGCGCACGUGGAUAGGCGAAUACAUACAGUGAAAGAAAUGUUUAAAAACACAUUUCAGAGUGGAUUCCUGUCCAUUCUCUACAGUAUUGGAAGCAAGCCACUCCAGAUAUGGGAUAAAAAGGUGAGAAAUGGUCACAUUAAGCGGAUAACGGAUAACGACAUUCAGUCUCUGGUGUUGGAAGUAGAAGGAACUAACGUCAGCACCACAUUCAUCACAUGUCCAGCAGAUCCAAAGAAGACACUUGGGAUCAAACUUCCAUUCCUGGUUAUGAUCAUCAAGAAUUUAAAGAAGUAUUUCACCUUUGAGGUUCAGGUGCUGGACGAUAAGAAUGUGCGGCGUCGGUUUCGGGCGAGCAACUACCAGAGCACGACCCGCGUGAAGCCCUUCAUCUGCACCAUGCCCAUGCGGCUGGACGACGGCUGGAACCAGAUCCAGUUCAACCUGUCGGACUUCACGCGCCGCGCCUACGGCACCAACUACAUCGAGACGCUCCGCGUACAGAUUCAUGCUAAUUGCCGCAUCAGAAGGGUAUACUUCUCAGACAGGCUGUACUCGGAAGAUGAACUCCCAGCAGAAUAUAAACUGUAUUUACCUGUUCAGAAUAAAGCAAAGCAGUAGGAUAAAGUGACUCCCUUUCUUCGUCCUGGAUGUUAAGUACAUCUUCAGAUCUUCCCCCUGCGUAUCAUCGUCACUGUGACAAAAACCCUGAUUAUUGUAUUUAUUUUAGAACAGUGAUUUCUUCCACAAUUACUUGUCCUCUGCACAAUAAAUUUUGAAGAAGAACGCAGAUUGAUCAUCUCUCUGUUUAAAACCUAAACUAACAUGUAUAAUAACAUAGGUAGUGAAACAUUACACCCUGGAAUUACUUUAUUUGGGGCCCCGGGUGGGAUUUUGAGUCAUUUCAUUAAUACUGGCCAGAUUAUAUCAAAAGGCCAAAAUCAAGAUUGUUUUUUCCCCCCACUUUGUACUACGGUAUUUUAAAACAUCUGCAGUAGUCUGAGAUUCAGCAUUUAAAAAACAGAUUUAAAGACAGGGUGUAGCUUGUGAACAAAAUAAGGCGUUGCAUGUACCAACAAUAUUAAAUCAUUUGUGACUUCAGACGAAUGUUGGAAACGGAUACUUUGACCAUUCCACCAGCAGGACUUUAUUUUACAGCUUCCAAAUGGAGAGCUAAGAACAGUGAACAAAAGCAUAUCAUUUAUAAUUAUAAUAGCUGGAUUUACAAAAUUUAACCACAGAGGGGUCACAACCACAGAUUCCAUAAGGAUCUACAUUGAAAAUGAUUUGUUUCUUCCCCUUAGGCCUUUUUCUGAAUUGGUAAUUUGUAUUCUG